CAAAUACCCUCAAGGCUAAAUUAUGUGCCCGUGUUGACUAUCCCUAUAUGGCCGAGCUUUUAUUGGAUUCUGCCAUCCGUUUUUGGGUCUUCCUGCCAUUAGUUAUCAUAACUUUUUUAUUCGGAGUUAUCAGACAUUAUUUAACUAUUCUCCUAACUAGUGAAAAGAAGAGUGAACUGCAAACAAUUGGCGAAAGGUACUCUCUUACAUUGUAUUAUUUUCUUUGUCACGCCCUUUUACGAAGUAGGCUUUUAAGGGAAAAUGGAAGAUAUAUAUCAAAGCAGGGGUUUAAAAUGCGAAAAUUUUAUUUUAACGACAAGGACCAAGGAUACUUUAAAACAUCGCGUAGAGACACUCCUAUGAAAAAUAUCGUUACAGACCCUUCUAUGCUUACUGAUAUGCUCAAAAACAAUAUACUCAAUGUCAUCCCAAUGUUAGUUAUAGGGGGGUGGAUCAAUUGGGCUUUUACUGGUUUUCUUACAACGAAAAUUCCAUUCCCACUGACUUAUCGUUUUAAACCAAUGUUACAGCGUGGAUGUGAAACGCUUACUUCCCUUGAUGCCUCUUGGUACUUUUGUUUAUUAACAAUUUCUUCGUUUUUCAGGGUUAGUUCAGCAUCGUGGUACUUUUUAAAUAUUUUUGGAUUAAGAAGCAUGUAUGGUCUUGUGCUUGGUGCAGAUAAUGCCGCAGAUCAAUCCAGAUUGAUGCAAGAACAAGUUGCUCCUUCAAGUCAGGCUCCUCAAGACACUCAGAAGGCCUUCAAGGCCGAAUGGGAGGCACUAGAAAUGGUCAACCACCAAUGGGCCUUAGAAAGGAUUGAGUCGCGUCUAUUGGAUAGAAGAUAA